GGAAGGUAUGUCUUACAAUAUCCGAAGGCUAAGAUUCUUUGUUGAUGAUGUUUAUGGAAGUUUACAAGAGAAUCAGACAGUAGCCGAGCAGUUUUUUUUAUCUGAAGACGAUCACGAAUUGGAAGAAAUGAUGUGCAUGAUGGUACCUUAUGCACAUUAUAGCAGCUUUUGGGGCGUGGCUCGUGAUGAGCUGGCAACAAAGGCGGUGCAUACUCAGGAAAAGGAAUAUCUUCGGUUGUCAUGGACAGGUGGGAUAACACCGUUGACUUCAAGUACAUUUAUCCGUGCAGGUUAUGCUCAUCUUACGAAAGGAAGCUUUCUGUCGGACUUGCCGAUAGUUGGCCCUGCGUUGUCUAUGCUUUUUCAGGAGAGGGUUAUCGAGUCAUUGGUAGUGCGAAACGGAAAGAUCGUUUUUCGUGAUUUAGGGUAUAAUUGGAGGCUUGGGGUUCAUUAA